UUCGCAAGUAAAGUCGGAACGAAAGAUUCAAGUUAAGGAAACUAAGCGAUCAAGGGUGGUGCGUGGUGUGAGAACACAACUUCUUGCCUCGAUAGAUCCACUAAUUCUCUUGGAAGUAGUGCUGAGCUUAUGUCGUUGAAGAAUGGUAGUGUACCCUUCGGAGGGAUGCUCGACCACAAUUCUACCUUUAAUCCCGAUUUCUACAAUUGGCACGUGUUCAAAAUCUUCUACUGUGACGGCUCGUCUUUCAUGUCCGAUGUUGAGAACGUAGACCCGAAGCACAACCUGACAUAUAGAGGUGCAAGAAUAUAUGAUGCAAUGAUGGACGAGCUGCUACGAAUCGGCAUGGGAAACGCUAAAAAUGCUCUAUUGUCGGGCACUUCGGCAGGUGGAUUAGCCACAAUUUUACAUUGUGACAAGUUUCAAGCACUUUUUCACAAUGCUACUAGGGUGAAGUGCAUAUCUGAUUCGGGCUUCUUUAUUCAUGGAGAGCAUUUUAUGGGAGCUGAUUGGAGAGAAGCUUUCUUCUUUGGUGUGGUAUCAACACAUGGUUUGAUGAAUACGUUACCCACAUCAUGCCUAUCCAAAUUUAGUCCAACUUUGUGUUUAUUUCCUGAAAAUGUGGUCCCAGAUAUCCAAACCCCACUAUUUUUAAUCGAAUCAGCAUUUGACUUAUAUCAGAUACAAACAAAUUUGUUCUCUCCGAGUGAUACUAGCCCGAGAUGGUACAAUUGCACCCGUAACUUGAUGUUUUGCAAUUGGACUGAGAUAAAAAUCAUGAAAGAUUUUAGGUACACAUUUAUAAACACGCUAAAAAGUACAAUUGCGGAUAGCUCCUCAAGGAGAGGCUAUUUUGUACAUAGUUGCUACCUACAUGGCCAUAUGAAUUACAAACGGUCCUCGACAUGCUCAUCGUUUGUUGGAAACGGACUUGCAAACAAAACAAUAGCACAAGCCGUGGGAGAUUGGUAUUUCGACCGGAGCGAGUUCCAGGAGAUGGACAUGCUCAAUGACUUGCCACGGUACUGCACUAGCACCGACGACCAACCUACUUUGGAGAAAAAGUGUAGGGAUUAUAUUCAUCGUUAGAUGCCAUG